AUGGUUAAGCGGAAAGAACUUGGUGAUGUUACCAUGGGCGGCACCAAGCCAGAGGAGUCCGACUCCGACGAGAACAUGGACAUGGUAAAUGUCGAAUUUGAAUGGUUCGAUCCUCAGCCUAUCGAUUUCCACGGCCUGAAGAACCUCUUGCGUCAGCUAUUCGACAACGAUGCCCAGAUCUUCGACAUGUCCGCGCUGGCUGAUUUGAUUCUCUCUCAGCCAACACUGGGAUCAACAGUGAAGGUUGAUGGGCAUGAAUCGGACCCCUAUGCGGUCUUGUCAAUUCUCAAUCUGCAGGAACACAAGGACAAACCUGUCGUCCAGGACCUGAUCAACUACCUCAAGACCAAAUCCGCCUCCAACCCGUCCCUCUCUGUCGCUUCCCAGCUCCUUUCUCAAACCCCGAUCCCUCCCAUCGGUCUCAUUCUGACCGAGCGGCUGAUCAACAUGCCCUCCGAGAUUGUCCCUCCCAUGUACAACAUGCUUCAGGAGGAGAUUGCCUGGGCUGUUGAGGACAAGGAACCCUACACCUUCUCUCAUUACCUAGUUAUCUCUAAGAAUUACGAGGAAGUCGAGUCCAAGCUGGACCAGGAAGAUUCCCGGCCUCAGAAGAAAAAGAAGGGUGGUGAGCAGGCCGAACGCUUCUUCUUCCACCCCGAAGACGAGGUUAUCGAGCGCCAUGCGCUGUGUGCUGGCUCUAUUGAUUACACCCAUAAGUCCGAUGAAGGUCACUCAGACUCCAAGCGUGCGUUCCAGGAGCUGGGUAUCCGGACGAAAGGUAGCUUGAUUUUGAUUGAGGCGGCCAAGUUCGAGCCUAUGGUCAAGGCUCUUGCCCAAUAUAUGUCGUAG